GGCUGACAUUCUUUCUGCUGUUUGAUUGCUGGCUGGGAUGGACAAUACCGAGUUUAGGAUGCAUGGACUCUUGUUACUGGCGGUACUCUGGGUGCUGUGUGCUGGCAUAGAGGCUCAGAGCAGCUCUCCAAACCGGGUACAGCAGAGCAAUCAACGGGUAAGGACCAGCAAACGCCCACCCUUCAGGUCAUGGAACAGCCAGAUGUACCCUAUUUGGCGAGGAGGUGACACCCAGCAGAGAGACUGCUGGAAAGGAGGCCAAGUGACGUUUGAUCUGAUCAAUGAUGCACCUACGUUGACGGGUGCUAAAGCUACAUUCUUCAUAAAGCUGAACUUUCCUCACAACCAGACUGUGCUUCCUGAUGGGCAGGUGGUUUGGAACCAGAAUCGUACUGAAAAUGGUACCUGGACACCUUCAGGGGAGCCAGUUUAUCCUGAUGAAGGCACUGAAAGAAGUGACUGCACUUUCCCUGAUGGAAGCCCAUUCCCACAUGGUGCUGGGAAAAGACGAAGCAAGUUUGUCUAUGUCUGGCAGACAUGGGGAAAGUACUGGCAAGUGGUGGAUGGACCCUCCUCUAAUCUGACUGUGGAUACAGACGGCAUACCGCUUGGCUCCUAUAACAUGGAAGUUGUGGUCUACCACUACCGUGGCCACCAGAAGUUCAUUCCUAUUGGCAGCAUCUCCUCUCAGUUUACAAUCACUGAUCAGAUUCCUGUCUCUGUAUCCGUAUCACAGCUCCUUGAUCUGGAUCAGGAGGACCAGCGUUUCAUUCAGAACAGAGCAGUGUCCUUUUCAGUGGCAAUUCAUGACCCCAGCCAUUAUCUUCAGGCUGCCGAUAUAUCCUUCUCAUGGGAUUUUGGUGAUGAGAGUGGUACACUUAUCACAAGGAAUACAGGUGUCACCCACACCUAUGUCUCUGCUGGUGUGUUCAAGCCGACGGUUGUUCUCCAAGCUGCCAUUCCUGUAUUGCCAUGUGGCAGUACUGCUGCUGCAACAGAGCUGUCGGUUACCACAAAUAUACCAUCAGAACCCACAACUGGAGCAGAGGCUACAACAAGUACCGGUGAAGUGACAGUUUCCACUGGAACAGCUGCCCCAGCUUCAAGUAAUACAACUCUACCCGAGGAGGCUGUAGCAGAACAAGCAACUGUGGCACCAAUGGCUAAUGAGUUAAAUGUGGAGGAUGCUCAGACGCUUGCUGUGACUUUACCAGCAGUUGUGCCUUCAACUGGGCAGACGGUAGCCAGUGAUGUGGUACCUGCAGAGCAAGCUGUGCCUACAGAGGGAGUCACUGUAGCCAGCAAUGGGGAGACGGAAGCGGACGACUCUACUGUACCUGAGGGCGAAGCUGUGACCUUGGCGGUUGUGUCUACAGAGGGAGAGACCACAGUCAAUGAUGUUGCUGUGACUGUAGCCGCUGUGACUGUACCAGAGGCUGUACCUAGUGAGGCGGUAGCUGUGGAUAUCCAGGAAAUGGCAGCUGUAAUUUCAUCAGCAGAUAAUACAGAAGAAACUGCAUCAAGUGGUACACCUGAAGGUGUGUCUCCUACUGUCCCAUCAACCGAAGAAACUUCAAAUGUUCAGAUGGCUACCACAGAACAAGGAGCUAUGAUAGUUGUUGCUAAAAGACAAGCUCCUGAAGGACCACUUGUAGGAUGCACACUUUAUCGUUAUGGAACGUUUGCGACGGAACUGGAUAUUGUCCAGGGCAUUGAAAGUAUGCAGAUUGUGCAAGUUGAGCCGAUCCUAGCUGCUGAUGUAGAGAACGCUGUGGAUCUCACAAUUACAUGCCAGGGGAGUGUACCUAGUCAAGUCUGCACAGUAAUAUCCGACUCCAGUUGUGAAACUCCACAAGAGACUGUGUGUAACCCAGUGGCACCCUUGUCUGACUGCCAGAUGGUCGUGCGACAGGUCUUCAACAGUACUGGUGUCUUCUGUGUAAAUGUGUCCUUAACAGAUGAUGUCAGCCUGGCUGUCGCGAGUGCACAAGUUACAGUGUCAGGAGGUGGCAGAUCCUCCACUAAUGGUGUUGUCAUAACUGUUGGUGUGCUCCUGGUUGCUUUUGCUGUGGCUGCUGUUGCAUAUACCUACAGACGUACAAAAUCUUAUGUGCCCCUGAGGACUGAACACACAUCUGUCAAUUGGUUCCCAAAUCGCACAUCCUUGCGUCUCUUCUUCAAUAGCUUUGUUGGCCGCUCCAUGAAUGGAGAAAGCAGUCCCCUUCUUAAUGGCAGAGUUGUGUGAUUAUAAUAUGGCAAUCUCUGCCUACAGUGCUGCUGAUUCCAGAUCUGAAUCAAAGUUGUACCAAAACAAACGGUUAAACUCAUUCUUAAUGUACCUCAAUAUAUCAACCCAUAACUUCACUUCAAGCCAGGUCUACCACAGCAGACCAGAGGAUUGGGAUGUUACAGAAGUAUUUAAUUUGAGGUGCAUCUGAAACAGCUGGCAGGCUCAGUUCUUUUCAUCCUAUGGCUGAAUUCUACCAACAAUAAAUUUCUUUAAAACUUU